CUUAUCACGCCAAAGUUUCCCGUAGUGGUAAAGAUAGGAAGUGCUCACUCCGGCAUGGGAAAGGUGAAUGACUCAGCUGUUAACUUGCUCGGGGAGAGUCAGGAGGAAGACAGACGACUGAUCGCGGACCUUGUCGUUCAACGCAUGGCCAUCGUCUGCAAACCAACCGCCAUCAUCAGUAAGUCGACCAGCGUUGGCACCGUGCACGGACACUCUACUAACGGAGGGGCGGAUGUGAUGAGGCAGCAGCAGCAGCAGCAGCAGCAACAACAACAACAGCAGCAGCAGCAGCAGCAACCUGGCAAGGGCAUGCAGGACGGCGGACCCGAGAGACCGAUCGGAGGCGACGUGACGCACCGGACGGGUCCCGGCCCUGCGCCCGCCCAACCCGACCGACCGACCCCACCACGCCCCGACCCCCAUCAGGACAAGCCGGACACGGAAGACACGAUGAGCAACCUCCGCAAGACCUUCGCCGGAAUCUUCGGCGACAUGUAG